AUGGAUUCAACAAGAAAAGUAACCUAUACUGUUUCGGCAGACUUAUUAAACAACAUCAAUAAAAAACUAGUAGAGAGAUAUGAACUAGAUAUGCUUGAUCAAGAAGAAGAAAAAAGCAAACAUAUCACACACAGCAAAAAAAAGCAAAAAAUAGUAAUACAACCAACCAGAUCAGCAUCAUCAAGCGAUUAUAGAGACGACGACGAAGACGAUGACAACGAUGACGAGGAUGAAGAAGAUGAUAUCCACGAUUUCAUUAUGUAUUCAGAUGAAGAAGAGCAAACUCCUUUGGCAACAUCACGCGGCAGAAGAAUUAUGAAGCCUAGAGCUUAUCAUCGUGAUUUCACGACUCAAUUGCCAACGUCAAAGAAAACGUCCAAAAAACCAUUCAAGAUACCAAAUUACACAGAUGAGCCUUUUAUACAACAUCACUCACUUAUUUGUUUUAGAUGUUUGCGAACAGGUCAAAUCAAUGGAUCAGAAUUAGUCUUUCUUGGCACAGAAAAAAAAAGAUCACGCCUCUUACUCUGUCAGACUUGCUCAAUAUCUGUCCAUAAUAAUUGUUUGCCUACUACGACCAGCAUCGACAAAACCACAGGCGAAUUAAAAUGUGCUAAAUGUAUAAAUAAUGGUACAUGCUUUGGAUGUCACAAAAGCAUCCUCGAAAAGAAAAGCGAAUAUGUUGCUUUUCGCUGCGUAACUUGCUCUAGAGCGUUUCAUCAUGAAUGUAUUUUGGAUGCCGCCUCACCUGCAUUAGCAGAUGAAAUCAAAAAACAUGAUAUAACUCUGUUAUAUCAAUCUGGAAAAUGCAUAGAGUGCUUGAUUUUUGCAAACAGAACACCUCAAAUUAUUGCGAGUGAAAGAACAUCAAAUGAUGGUAGAGUCGAAUGCUUGAUCAAAUGGAAGAGUGAGUCGUAUCGCCAUACAAACUGGGUUUUGGCUGAUUGGGUUUCACAAGUCAGCCCGAGCCUUUUCAGAGGCUAUUUGAAGCGCAAAGAGGCACAUGGCAUUUCCCAAGUAUCUGAGGAUUGGACAGUAGUAGAUCGAAUUCUGAAUGUAGAAUGGGAAGAUAAAUCCAAUCAAAAAGUGAAGCGUAUUUUGGCUGUAUACAAAGACUCAGAAUACGGCGAUGCUGUAUGGGAUGAACCGCCUAAUGAAGAAGAAACAGACGUAUACCCAGACUACCAAGCUGCUCUCAAACGAUAUAUCCAAGCAAGCCAAGUUAAACCUCCCAAGAACAUGUAUGGUUUAAUUGAGUCUGUCCGUGCUGCUGCCACUGCCGAAAGUUACCAAAGACACGAAAUUAAAGAACAACCUGAUUUUGUCAAAGGUGGAACACUUAUGAAGCAUCAAAUGGAAGCACUCAAUUGGCUUAUUUAUCAAUGGGAAAAGAAACAAUCGUGUAUUUUGGCAGAUGAUAUGGCAACAAACUGGAUCCGAGAAUUUGAGAAAUGGGCCCCCGAAAUGACCGUUGCUCCUUAUUUUGGGCUCAAUGUAGCACGAAAACUAGCUCUCCACAACGAGAUCUUAGAUAGCCAUGAACGAAUCAAAUGUCAUGUUGUUGUAGCCACGUAUGAAUCAAUCAUGGAGUCUUCUCCAUUACACAGGUUGUUUUGGCCAAUUCUAAUUGUGGAUGAAUCGCAACGUCUUAAGAGCGACGAGUCAUACUUGUUUAAAACCCUUUCUUCAUGUAGAGUAGAUCACACUGUCUUAUUGACAGGUACACCACUUCAAAACAAUUUGAAAGAAUUGUUCAAUAUCAUGAAUUUUAUUCAUCCCAAGGCAUUCCAAGGUUCAGAAGCCAAAGACUAUGAGAACAUGACAGCCUCUCAAGUAGAAGAGCUUCACUCUCGCUUGCGCCCUCAUUUUUUGCGAAGAACCAAAGAAGAAGUCUUGAAGGAGUUACCGCCCAAGUACGAACUCAUUGUGCCUUUAUCAAUGACACCGCUUCAAAAAGAAGUAUACAAGCAAUGUCUUAGUCGAGAAAUUUAUGAGACGUUAGCCUUAGCUAAUGGACAUAAGAGACAAAAGGGCCUUACCAACAUCUUUACCAACUUGCGCAAGAACUUGAACCACCCUUACCUUCUAGAUGGUGUAGAGAAACAACAGCCCACAUCUAAACUAGUCCAAAAGACCAUGAUUGAUGCCUGUGCCAAACUCAAAUUGUUUCAUCAAAUGUUUCCCAAAUUGAAGCAAAACGGACAUCGCAUCUUGCUUUUUUCCACUAUGACGCGUGCACUGGAUAUUAUGGAAGAUUAUCUCACUUAUGAGCAAAUUCAAUACACUCGUAUCGACGGUAGCACAAGGGAACGUGAUCGUGUUCGAAGCAUUGAUGCCUUUAAUGCACCUGAUUCUAAACUGGAUGUCUUUUUAUUGUCUACCCGUGCAGGCGGUGUAGGUAUUAACUUAACUACUGCCGAUACAGUCAUCAUCUGGGAUUCUGAUUUCAACCCUUAUGCUGAUUUGCAAGCUAUCAGUCGUGCUCAUCGUAUUGGACAGACCAAGAUGGUCCUUAUUUAUCGUUUUAUGACCCGUCUUACUGUAGAAGAAAAGGUCUUGCAAAUCGGUAAGAAAAAAAUGGCACUUGAGCAUGUGGUGGUCGAAAGAAUGAAAGCCGAUGAAGAAGAAAAGCUUGAAGACGUCGAGUCCAUUCUCAAAUUCGGUACUGAAGCUUUGUUUGCUGACGAUGAUUCCAAGGACAUUGUCUAUGAUGAUGCGGCCAUUGAUAAUCUAUUGGAUCGUGAGCAAUAUCGUCAAGUAGCUACUGAACAACAGAUUAAAGAAAUCGAAGAGUCUGAAGGAAAAUCCAAUGAAAAUGGUAGUAUGAAUUUCUCUUUUGCUAAAGUAUGGCAAGCAGAUGGCACUAUUGAAGAACUCGCCACAGAAGAAGAUGUAGGCGCUGAAAAGAAAGAAACUGACUUUUGGGAGAAGUUCUUGUUAGAACAACAAGCUGUAGCAGAAAAGAAGAAAGAAGAAAAACGAAUUGCUGAACAGAAUCUUGGUCGAGGUGCGCGUAAGAGAGCGAAUAUUGUAAGUAGCUAA